UGAUAUUAGAGCUGAACGAUAACCCCACGGGCUCAAAGAUUGACAUCACUGGGAAAUCCCUAGAUCCCAUUUCAUCAGUUCAGCACAGGCAGACAUGAGUAGAUAUGAGUAAACAUAGUCAGUUUAUGCCCACAUAUAACCCGGCAAUGAAGCAGAGACGAACCUUGAACUCCAAAUCACAAUACACUGGUAUCCAUUGUACAGUUUUCUUACUGAUGCAGUAGGCAAGAAUCAGCUUUGACAAAAUGUCUACUAAUGAGGUACCAAACCCGCCACCCUACUAUGAGGCCUUUGCCAAGCCUGUCUACCCAGGUGCACAGCUGGCCUACUCAGCCGCCACCGAAAAGGCCGAAUCUGGUGUGCCAACAGUCGUCUCCUCUCCAGCUCUACCAUAUUUGGGCAUGAUUCCCAACGGGAUGAAGAUAGGGAAGCUCAUUGUGGUCAAACUCAUCGUGAAGCCUAAUCCUAAAAGGUUCCACGUGAACUUCCAAUGUGGCAUGUGUUCCAACCCACGAAGCGACGUCGCACUACAUUUCAACCCACGGUUUAAGGACAAGACGAUUGUGUUGAACACCCUGCGCAACACCCGAUGGGAUUGGCGUGAGCAGAGGCCCAAGAUUGGCUUCCCCCUCGUCCCGAACGGGACCUAUGAGAUCAUGUUCCUGUGCGAGAAAGACAAGUUCAAUGUCGCUAUGAAUGGCUUGCAUCUCUUUGAAUACAAACAUCGUCUGCCGUUUCAAAAUAUCAGCGCUCUGGAGAUUGCUGGCGAUUGCGACGUCAUCGAGGUCCAGUACAACUAAACAAGACUCGGAAUUGGUUUGGUGAGCAAUUUCCCUGGCAACGGCGGAGAGUGAGGCCUAUCUGUAGUUGAACAUUAUUUAAACAGAGAGUAACGGAUUAUUUCACAUUUGCGCGAUUGCAGGAUUUGAGUUCAGAAAGGCUCUUUUUGAAAUCUUCGAAGUCUUGGAUUUACAGACUUUACUGAUUGAGUUAUAUUUCUGCGAAAUGCUAUUUUUCUAUAUAUAUUUGUUCCUGAGAUAAUAUAUUUGUUUGUGAUUCAAGCUUUAAUGUUUUUCCUGAAGCCAAGUUUUGUUUUCAUUAAGAUUUGGGAUUUGUGAUUCUAAUUGUGAUUGUGAAGAUCAAUGAUUGUUCUGUAGCUCAUGAUGAUAACUUGUCAUUGUCAAAUAUUGUGAUAUCGGUAAUUUCUGGUGUCUUUGUAAUCCGUGAUGUUGUAGUUGCAGCUCAAGCGACAAAUGUAAAACAAUUGUAAGGAAAGGAAAAGCAUGGAGAAGGAAGUUCAGCAUAUUUGUUGAGCAUCGGAAUGGAUUUUGCUUUUAUAUAGUGGUAUUAAAUGACAACAACAACGAAGGAAGUGGUCUUUCUCCAUGGAGAUUCCGCUUACCGCUUACAGUUCUUUCUGUGUACAGUAGUAAAAUAAACAAACUGAAAUUAACAUUAAAACCGUUUUCCAAUUAAAAAACGAUAUUAUUUUAUUUUCAUUUACCCUGAUGAAAAUUUAAUGUUUAAGCAAUGUAUGUAUAUUUUGUCUUUGAAAUCUUGUUAAUAUAUUUUUUAUUUUGUUUUCCUUUUUUUGGCAGCAAAACGAUUUUUGGCAGAAUUUCACAAAUUUUUGGAUCACUUCUGGACUACACAUUACAUGAAAAUUAGCUACUGCUGAAUAAAGUAAUGUUUUGAUUAUAAGGUAUAUUUUAAUGUCAGCUUAAAAUAUUGCUCACUUUUGUUGGAAGUAUACAUGUAUACUGGACUUUGUUUGAUGACCGUAUAUAUAUAUAUAUAUAGAGAGAGAGAGAGAGAGAGAGCUUCAUGAUUAUACAACUUCAUAAUGUAUAACAGUUCAUAAUAUCUUCCUCCAUAUUGCAAUUUUAAUGGAAACCGUUUGAGUUCUCGCAGUUGUUAAGUUCAUUUAAGGCUUUGUAUACUACUGCAGGCUUUGCGCUACUUUGUGCUAAUAUAGAAGCUUAUCGAUAAGUUUAUGGUAAAGUAUGAAGAGUGACAACUCAAGUAUAGAAUUAAUUAAUUGUGUUCACCUUAAUUAGCUCCAGCUGUAAUCGCGGUGCUUCAUGUGGCUAAGUGGCUUAGUAGGCUUUGGGGUACUUAAUAAAAAUAGAUCCGGAAAUGUCCAUACAUGGUGGUGCAAAAAGAAGGAAACCAACUGUUGCCAGCAAUUUUCACCUACUUGUUGUGCAUAUUUCAAAAAUUCAAUUAAAUGGUAGUAAAAUAUUGAUCUUUAAACGUAAGUGACGAAGAGACAUUGCCAAUUAUGCGUAUUUUGCCUCUGAGAAUAAUGUCAUGUGCUAAACCUGUUUGUCCACGGACGGCAAUAUUCCAUCCGCUUGACUACAUAUGAGCACCGGAGCGUAAUUCAAAGACAAAAACACUACAUUUCAAACAAGGCUGAGCGUUUGUUUGGCCACAACUUUGAAUCCCCAAGAAACAUUGGUAAUUUAAAAGACAACACUCCGAGCAUAGGGACAGAGGCCGAGAGUUCCGUAUUGCGAUGAAUAUCUUACUUAAACGUCAUUUUCUGUUUCAAAAUAUUCUUAUUCAAAGGUUGCAAUUUAGUGACAUUUUCAAACGCUGUUUUGUUUUGAUCCGAAACAUUAACUGUAGAGGUUUAUUAGGAUGAUUUUCAAUUUGAAUAGUUUAAUGAAUAUAUACAGUUUGUAUUUAUAUGUUUGCAUGGCUUAAACGAUUAUAUUCAUUGUGCUUAUGGUUAUAUUACUCCCCUUCAUUUAUUUGGUUACUUACCUCGGCACUCACACUAAGCAAUACAUGAUUAAUAGUUCAAUUA